AUGGCGCAAUUCAUUCCUCGGCAAACAUUUGCCCUACCAAACUCAAUUCCCAAGACAUAUUACCUAGGCCAUCAUGCUACAGCCCAAUCCGAUAUGAUCAAGAGACUGAAUACUAUACAUCUCAUCCUCGAAUGCCGCGACCUACGUCUCCCUUUGACCACGAAUAAUCCCAUCCUCGAACACUCCCUUGCCGGCCGCGAGCGAAUUGUCGUCUUCACAAAAUGUGAUCUCACAAUCAACAAACCCGAGUACGUCAAUGCUCUGCGCAAGCUGUAUGGUGAUCGCUUUGUUCUCUGGAACAAAGAAAGUCCCGAUACAACAAAGGCCCUCCUCAGAAAGGUCAAAGAAGUUGCGCGCGCAAUCGACCCAAUCGCGGGAAUGAGAGCCAUGAUCGUGGGAAUGCCCAACGUCGGAAAGAGUUCAUUGCUCAACACGUUACGGCGUAGUGGGCUACCGCAGAAACUUGCAAAGGCGGCCAAGACUGGGGGGCAACCAGGAAUUACGCGCAAGAUCGGCACGAGUGUUCGCAUCCUGGAGACAGAAGGCAAGGAUUCGAGGAGAGGUGUUGGUGAAGGGGUAUUCGUGUUAGAUACUCCAGGUGUCUUUGUACCAUACGUCGACAACGCCGAGACUAUGAUAAAGAUUGCGCUCGUACAAGGCAUCAAGAUUGGCCUGGUACCUGCCGAGGUUCUGGUAGACUACCUACUCUACCGCCUCAACAAGCUCAACCCGGCCUUCUACAAGCAAUAUUCAAAGCCUACAAAUAGUGUUCAGGAGCUACUUACUUCCGUUGCUGUGAAAACGGGUAAGUUGAAGGCUGGGGGUGAGCCUAACUUGCAUGGAGCGGCGAGCGUGUUCCUGAAAGACUGGAGAACUGGGAAGCUGGGUAAGUUCAUGCUCGAAGACUUAACGGACGAAGCAAUCGAGGAACAUCAGCAGCGAAUGCUUAACCCUCCACUCAGCAUGAACCAGGCUAAAAAGCAGCAGAAAGAAGCACGCGCACAAGAACGAGCGGGUGCUUAG